AUGGAGGACGCCGUACGCCCAAACAUCACAGCGCGCAGGGGUAUAUUCGAGCGAGGCUUUCGUACUUGGUCAAGUCUCGCUGAUAAUGUUGUGAAAGCGACUGCUCUGCCUGAAAGCUGCUUCGAAUUUGAAAAGACAAUUGCACAUAUACCAUGCUUCCCCUUGGGCUUGGAUAUAAAAGAACGAUAUGGAGGGUUAUAUGCAACGGGGACUUCCGUUUGGGCAACACAAGGCUCCCAAGGGCUCUCCUAUAUUGAGAAGAAUAUCGAUAUUCUAGUUUCGACAGCUUGGCCUACUAAGCUUACGCUGGCUGACCGUGACUUGGAUUAUCGGACUUGGUUUAAUCAUGAGGAGAAUCAUAUUUCUAUACUUGUACUCGCAUGGGCUUAUAUUCUUUCGGCUCGCUGGGCAGAGCUGAUGCCUGGAUCCGUUGUUGAGUACAGUAGCGAUCAGGUAGCCAGGGACGAGAGCGAUCAGGAUGCCAUUUUAGUGGAUGUUGGCAAUAUCGAUAACGGUGCCACCAGAUGGUGGGCUGCUGUUCUAGCCCCAGAGGGCUGGCGGGCUUAUAUUAGCUCGGAUAAGGCGAAGUAUAAGUCUCCAUGGUCAAUAGCACUGAAGACAUCCUUAAAAUAUAGGCUCUCAUGUCAUGAAGAUCCCAUGCAGCAAGCCAGCGCUAUAUCGCCCACGGCUGCUCUUUGUUACCUUUCAGAGUACUGUGACCUUCACGGAAUUACUGACCAGAGUUAUACAGCACUGUCUGUUACCCUAAUGCUUCCUCUGUUAAGUUCCAGGGGACGUCAGGUUCGCCUACCGUUACCAAAGCUCAGGUAUGGACGCAAUGCUGGGCUUCAACAAAGUACACAAGCUGACAAUAAGUGGAUAUAUACGACUACGAAUCUCGAUAAAAUUCUAGUUUUAAGCUGCAAUACUGGAGGAUUAAAGUCCUUGCUAUCGAGUGUCUUCUAUGAUCCCGGUGUAACCUGCAAUCUAGCAAGCUCAUGGCUACAUGCUAUCUUUGCCGUCCUCGACUCUGUUAAUGCUACUCAUCUCAUAUAUAUUAUGGCGAAAAGAUCUUCGCCUCUCGCUUUCCUAUGGCUAGGUGGGAUUAUAACGGGACUGUAUGACGAUAUAUUACGAGAUGGACGAUCUGGCCUAAUUCCAGUUGAUCUCCAUGCAGCCAUGUGGACUGGAACGAUCCAGUCUUUUUUACAGGAGCCUUUAUCUAAGCCUUCAACUAUGAUGGGAUAUAUAUCACGGGCAAAUGAGUGCCGGUUGUUAUAUAUUCUGCAAGAAAAAUACCAUGAUCGAUGGCCAACAUGCCAGUGGGCACCCUUUGGACAAACAGCCCUUGAAGACGCUAAUGAGCGUGUCCGCUCUUAUGCUGAUGAAUUUGAAGGUGGCUUUAGAUACGUGGAAUGGAGGUGGGCUUGCAAAGAAGGCAGUGCCAUUCACUACGUACCUAAUGGAGGGCUUACUCCGGUUUUCCAAACUCUACCACAUGCGGUACUUGAUAUCCAUAUCGGUUAUGAGGCGCUUAAGGAUGAAGAGAUCGUGUCAGGGGACGCAACGCGAAAUAUCUUUGGCUGGUUACGGCCUAAAGGGUUUUCUGCGAACGAAAAAGACAUAUAUCGCCAUGAAUGGCUGGCCGGUGAAGUUUCGGACGAGGACGCGCAUCAUGAGGGGAUCCAGAGAGCAGAAAGGCUUAGAUGCAGUGAACUGGAACAGCCAAAGUGA